AUGGUUUUUAUCCUGAGAUUGACUCUUACUGGUGUGGGGGCUCACUCAGUUACAUUUGCAAUCACAAACAACUGCCCAUUCAAAGUCUGGCCAGGAACCUUAACUGGCUCCGGCAGUCCUCAGUUAUCUCUAUUAACUGGUUUGGAGUUGGCUUCCGGUGCUUCAUCCUCUCUUAAUGUCCAUCCCCCAUGGUCUGGUCGGUUUUGGGCACGAUAUCAAUGUUCUAAGGACCACUUUGGAAAGUUUAGUUGCAGCAGUGGAGAUUGUGGAUCAGGUCAAAUAGCAUGCAAUGGUGCUGGUGCAAUUCCACCAGCUUCCCUAGUGGAAUUCACGGUUGCAACAAAUGGUGGACGAGAUUUCUAUGAUGUUAGUCUUGUGGAUGGCUUUAAUUUGCCAAUCUCAGUAACCCCCCAUGGUGGAAAAGAAGGGUGUAAUACCACAAGCUGCAGAGCUAAUGUGAACACAGUUUGUCCUCUCGAGUUGGCUGUGAAAGCAUCAGAUGGUAGUGUAAUUGCUUGCAAGAGUGCAUGUUUGGCAUUCAAACAGCCACAAUACUGUUGUACAGGUGAUUUUGGUUCGCCAUAUACAUGCUCGCCAUCUAACUAUUCAAGGAUUUUCAAGGACCAAUGUCCACAAGCUUAUAGCUAUGCUUAUGAUGAUAAAUCUAGCACCUUUACUUGCACAGGUGGGGCUGACUAUGCCAUAACUUUCUGUCCUUAA